AUGGACAACAUCGACGAGGAAUAUGACCGGCUCGCUGAACGCCUUCACAGCUGCACGAAGAAUGCUGAGACUGAUGCGCAGCGUGGAGCAGCACGAGACGCAGAGAAUCAAGAACGCACUUCCGAGCUUGUAAGGCUUUGCAGAGAGGCGAUAAAGGAAGACCUUAAAGAGAAAAGAGCAGAAGUAUUGGCUGAAGCUACCAGAGGCGGUAAAAAGCAUCCGCUAUGCCCGUCGAGACUCUGCCAAUCGCAAGACGAAGACGAUUGCUCUCCGCAACCCAAAGGGAACAGCCAUUGGGUGGAGAAGGGAAUGUAG